AUGGUUCUGGAUAAAAAGUUGAGCUCCAAGACAGACGUAGCUCUAAGACACAAGAAAAAGCACAUGACUAUCAAGAAGACGUCUAUAUCUAGUUAUUCACGCAAGAAUCAGGUUCAGAAAGUGUCUGAUAAUGGAGAAAACAAGCUGGAACGGAAUCCUGUGACUCAAUUAGUGACAUUACUAGAUGAACAAGGUGUGGCCUGGUACGACGCUGAGCCGAAGCUGAAGCCAAAGAUCAAGUACAAGAUUGAGACAGGAGACGAGCCACUUCAAGCCUCAGAUGAGCUGGUGGUGACGCUCAAGAAACAGGCGCAGCAGCUGCUUGAGCAUGAAGUGACACGGUACGAGACACAAAAGAGCAGCAAAAUGUCCAGUGAUGACAAAUACUUGGCGACAAUGAUGAAGGCCGGUACUUUAUCGGAUCGAGUGGCUGCUCUUACACUCACGUCUCAAGCUUCUCCAUUGCACUCGUUGCUACGACUUGGUCAGCUCAUUACAAUGGCUAGUAAGAAAUCUCGUCGUGAGAGUCUCAUGGCUAUUGAUUCCCUCAAAGAUCUCUUCUUAAACGAUCUCUUACCGGACAAUGCCAAGCUCCGAUUCUUUCAUCAACAUCCGCUGCGUGCGGCGCAAUCAUCACCUGCUCAUUUGGUGCUCUGGUUCUUUGAACAUUGUCUCAAGACGGUGUACGCACAACUUACAGGUGUCUUGGCAUCCGGUAUGGACGAUGCAGUCGACAGUCACAAACGCACGUGUCUACGUGCGGCCAACGCAUUGCUACGUGCGAAGCCCGAGCAGGAGGCGGUGCUGCUGGCCAUGCUGGUUAACAAACUUGGUGACCCGGACCGCAAGAUUGCGGCGUAUCUGCAUCGCAUGCUGCAGGAACUACUUCAAGAGCAUCCAGUUAUGAAACGUGUGGUGGUGAAUGAGGUGGAGAGGUUGCUUACCCGUCCGAAGGUGUCGGACCGGGCUAAAUACAAUGCCGUGCUCUUCUUAAACCAGAUUUAUCUCGACGGUGUAGAAGCGGAUGCCGAUUUAGCUGGUCAUUUGAUCUCAGUGUACUUCGGUCUUUUCUCAAAGGAAGUGCGCCGUCAUGAUGAGGAGAAGAAGAAGGUGAAGAAUGAGGUGAAGAAUGGCAAGAAGGGAAAGAAUGGCAAGAAGAAGAAAAUCGCUGGUCUGACUUCGGAAGAAGCCAUGGACCGCAAGCUGCUGAGUGCGCUCCUCGUCGGUGUGAAUCGUGCAUUCCCAUAUGCAAAAGCCACAUCGGCUAACUUCACCGAGGAGAUCGACUCGUUGUUUCAGGUCGUGCACCGUGCCCACCACACUACUAGUGUACAGGCACUCAUGCUGCUGUUUCAGGUCAUGAACAGCACUAACUCAGUUUCCGAUCGUUUUUACACUGCGCUAUACGGCAAGCUUAUUGAUCCCAAGGUGCGCGAGACGUCCAAACAUACGCUUUUCCUGAACUUGAUUUUUCGCGCUAUGAAGGCAGAUGUGUCCCCUGCGCGCGCCAAUGCCUUUAUCAAGCGUUUGCUGCAGCUUGCUAGCAUAAUGCCUCCGGCUUUUACGUGUGCUGUUCUUUUUCUGUUGUCUGAGCUGCUUAAGGUGAAACCCCAGCUUCGUACAUUGAUUGACCAGCCCGAGGCUGGCUCGGUCAAUGGCAAUGCUGCUGAUGACGAACAAUUUGUCGAUGCGAAAUUGGAAGACUCUGCAUAUGAGCUUGAGAAGGAGGAAUCUGAUGACGAUGAUGACGACACCACAGAAGAAGCUGGAUUGGAUAAGCUAAACGAUGGUUUAACGGAUGCGGAGCGUGCAGCUAAGGUCUUGGCGGUGAUGUUUGGCAAGCCGGGAAAGGAGAUGACGAAGUCUAAGGGCGCUGCUGUUGUAUGCUUUGACGAUGAACCUGCCGUGAAGAUCGCGCUCAGCAAGAAGAUAGCUGGAGAUGACUUGAACGAAGGUGGCUACAAUGCCUCCAAACGUAAUCCACUGUUCGCCGGCGCUGAGAUAUCGUGUGCUUGGGAGCUUCAGCUGUUGGCUCACCACUAUCACCCGUCCGUGCAGAGUUUCACCCGGCAGCUUCUAGACAACAAGGAUAUUGGCAUUCAGUAUGCUGGAGACCCUCUCGUUGACUUUACGAUGCACGCAUUUUUUGAGAAGUUCGUCAACAAGAAGCCACGCCAUAAAGUGGCUGACGCGAGUGGCAAUACUGGUGCAAAGGCAAAAAACUGGACGUUUGCUCCGAUUAACACAGAGGCCGUGCUGCGGGCGAACGUGGCCAAUGUGGACGCAAGCGAUCAGUUCUUUUACAAGUUCUUCAAGGAGCGUGCUUCUCGUGAUGCUGAUCAUCCUGGUACCCGCCGCACCAAGAAAGUAAAAGAUGAGCGCGACGGUGACGCUCUCUCUGACAUGGAGGAUGGCGGCGAAGAUGAUGAAGAGAUCGAAGCUUAUGCGCAAGAGUUGGCCAAGGGUAUCAUGGCGGACGGCAACCUGGACGAUGAAGACCCUGACAUGGCCAACUGGAGUGGUUCAGACGAUGACGAGGAGCCGACACUGGACGGUGAGGACGAGGAGACGAUGGAGGCUGAAGACAUUACUGACGACACUGUAAACGAAAAUGCCGGAGACGAUGAAGAUGUUGAAGCCGAAGACGAAGAGGGGGAUGAUAUGAAAGACGAUGAGGAUGCCUUUGACUUUUCAGUUAUAGCCGAGAUGGAUGAUGACGAUGAAGCGCUGCAAGAGGAGCUACAGAAGCUGGAUGCCAAGAGGACGAAACAAACACCACCAAAGGCAGGUGAUAAGCGCAAGGCGAUGUUUGCCAGCGCUGAUGACUACGACCAGAUUGUGAAGGAGGCUCUGGCCAAGCAGGCGAAUGACUCCAAGCAGACUAAGAGAAAAAUGUCGAAGCAGCCGCGACGAUCGUAA